UGGCAGUUCCCGUAAAAAUUGUCCGAAAAACCUUGGGACUAGGAUUAUAACCAAUUUAUCUUCACCGGAAAAACUGAUUUUUUUUUAAACAAUAACUACUAUUUUAGUGUUCGUCAAGUUUUAUAGUCAUCGUAGUUAAUUAAUUAGUGUUGAUUAUUAUCGGCAACCUUUUUGCACCCAUUUUUUAAAAGUAAUGGUGAUAAUAUGUGUACAAAUAAACCUGUUAGCAGUUGAAUCUCCGCUUCUGGUAAUCUGCUUAGUGAUUUUGCUGCUGAGUUUUUCAUUGUGUUCGACUGAAAAGAACUCGCAGCGACAUAGAAGGUAUGCGCUGCCUUUGUAUUAUCCAAGGGGUGGUUCAUUCAAGAUUGUAUUUGGUUUUGCAAUGCCGAUCCCUCUUGGUUUGAAACAAUCAAUGGCUUGGGGAUGGAACUUGCAGUUUCAGUACGUAGCACCCCAAUAUACUAACAACACCAGCAUUUAUCCACCUAUUGUGGGCAGAUCCAGAGAAAAACGUGACAAUUUUGUCAGCGACAGAUCCUUAGCUUAUUCUGGAAUCGAAGCUAUUUUAAACAGAAAUGGCCUUAACGGACGUGCAUGUCUUCUCCGCAGCAUUUGCGAGAACGCGAUGGAUAGUCUCAAUCACGAAGCUAAUGGACUCUACGGACAUCUCCUUCACAUAGCCUUAACGUUUCAAUUACAGACCAGACUACGGUGACGGCAAAACGGAUCCAGAUCUAGAUCCGGUAUACUUAGAGGCGAAGAAAGCCGGAGAGUAUGGUGUUAAUUGUGGCUCUUUAUAUCCAGAUUGUGAAGACGGAAAUGGGCUGUUGGAUAUGAUUUCCUUAUUAGAUGAAUAAAUUAGUUUUACCAA